AUGGCAACUUGUUAUGAACUGGAACGUUAUCUCCGCGAUGAGCCGAAACUACAGUCUUAUAAAAAAAUGCGUACUGAACUCGACCCAGCUUGGGAAAUGUUUCCAUCACCUGCGCUUAUUUUUGAGGAACUGAAAAUCAAAGAGCAAAACCUCGACACAAUAUCAACUACAAGUUCAGUUUCUUCUAACUGCUCUGGCAUAUCUUGGGACAGUACAGCUUCUCAAUCACUCAGUUGCUCUGUAGUAUUGAAACAGGAACGUAUUGAUGAUGACGACGAUGGCAUUAACUCGGACAGUUGCGAAGAAAAAUUCACCACAUUGACGCCGCUCUCAACUCCAGCGUCCACUGUAUAUUCAACAACAUCAGCAUUAAGCAACACAAACUCAACUACAACUGCAGCACAACAAUGUCCAAUUUCGGAAAAAGCCAUAAAACUGUGCGUAGUCGCAACCAAAGCAAACAAUUGCAACCUUAGUAACAAUAACAACAACAACAACAAUGUUAACAUAAGCAUAAGCAGCAACAAUCAGCAUGAUUAUGUGUUGCCUACUUUGACACCGCCAUCAUCGCCCGAAUCGAUACGUACAAACAUUUCCAACAACAACUGCAAUAGUUUGCAGCAACAAAUCAACGCUAGUAAGCUAAGUGCAAACGACUUGGCUGCGCUUAUACAGCAGCAGCAGCAACAACAACAACAGAAGCGUUUAAGUCAAACACAUCCGCCAGCCACAACCGCCAUAUUGCGUUUCUCCAGCUCAGCUGCAACGGCUGGCUCCACAACAAUUGUUAGCAGCAAUAACAGCAACGGCAGUAACAAUAACAAGAAUUCCACAAUAUCAACAGUUCCUUUAAUUCAACAACAGCAGCAACAGCAGCCACAACAUGUUGCCGUACAGCAGAUUGGCAUACAAACUACAAGCGCCGCCACCAACACUGACCCAACUCAGAUGCAGCCACAACAACACACAAACAUUCCGCGCAACACCAUUGUCCGUCUUACGGCAGGCGGCAAGCAAACUGGCGGCAUAAGUUUGGCGCGCGUCAUACAAAUGCAGAACAACGGAGGUGGAAACGUAACCACAGCUGUGCUUAAUGGUUCCGUUGCUACUCAACAAAAACAACAGCAACAGCAGCAGCAACAGCAACAACAACAGCAACAACAACAGCAACAACAACAGCAACAUGUCAUCAAUAGCAUAACAGCAACACAAAUUGCUCAGCGUGGCACGCAACUUCAAAAUCCGCAAGUUACUACACUAACCACCAAAAAUCACCCGCGUCAACAUGAACACAGCCCGGAUACGAAACGUCGGAUACACAAGUGCCAAUUUUUGGGCUGUAAGAAAGGAUAUACGAAAAGUUCCCACUUGAAAGCUCAUCAGAGAACGCACACUGGUGAAAAACCGUACAAAUGUUCUUGGGAAGGUUGCGAAUGGCGUUUUGCACGUAGCGAUGAGUUGACGCGUCAUUUCCGCAAACAUACCGGAGCUAAGCCGUUCAAAUGCCGCAAUUGUGAUCGCUGCUUCUCACGUUCGGAUCAUUUGGCGUUACACAUGAAACGCCACAUGUAAACACAUAAUCGUACAGAUGAAUCGUUCGAUGGAAUACUUUGGUAACGUUUGACGGCAGGCGUCCAACAAGUAGUAAAACCUUUUUUAAAGUGCAAAUCUAUAGCUAAGUAUAUACUGAAGAAGGAGAAUAAGAAGAUAUAUUGUGCCAUCAUCACACAUACAAACAGAUUAAAUUUAAUUAUCCUAUU